GCUUGCGCUGUGCUCCAUGCCCAUUUCCAUCCUGAUCUCCUUCGGUUUCAUGUACUUCGUCUCCCUGCAUCUUCCCGUGAUCAUGUACGCGCUGAUUAUGAUGCUCAUGCUUUGCACGGCUUUAUCUUUUGAUUACUCUCUGUUUACGAUGACACGAUUUGCGGAAGAGCGCAAGCAUGGGGCUACCAUGGAAGAAGCUAUCGAGAAAGUUAUCACACAAAGCGGCCAUGUGGUCAUGGUGUCGGGUUUGGUCCUGACAAUCGCUUAUGGAGCAGUGCUGGUGCUUCCAGGCGCCUUCAAAAGCUUUUGCGUGGCUGCAUGUGCCAUGAUUCUGUGCAGCAUUGGAGUGCAGCUGACAUUUGUGCCCUGUGUCCUCGGCAUUUUUCCGUGGCUGGGCGCGGGCUUUGAGCCUACCGAAGAGGAUCGCCAGGCGGAGCUACUUGAAGAUAUUGAUGCCAUGGAAAAGGGCGAACUGGACAUGGACGAGGAUGACGAGUUCGCAAGCCCUGCAAAACGCAAAGCGUAUGCCCGAGUGCAGCCUUUUCGCUCAGGGGUGUACUAUGAGAUCGGAGGCUUGCUGACAAAGUGCCCAAUGAACAUCUUGGUGCCGCUCUUGAUUUAUGCUGGCAUGACUCCGUUCACACUUCGCGUCACGCAGUACAAGAUGGGCCACGCUUAUGAGCUUCAAGUCCCUCGUGGUCGCCCCGAGUGGGCGACUUCACUUCAAAUUCAGCGGGACUUCCCCCCGAGCGUGGGCUGCAUGAUGCCAACGUUGAUCAUCGCGACGAAUCGGGUGCAGGAUGAAUUGUCACCCAAAGACAGAUAUGCGCUGGUGGGACCAGAAGAUCUGGACGCCACAGGCGCCGGCAACGAUUCUGAGCUGGUCGAACUUACGACCGAGGCUCCACUGGAUGUGAGAGGACAGGCUUUCUUCGACGAAAACUGCAGAAUGGUGGACUCGCUCAUUGAGGCUUCUGAGAACCACUCCUUUGCUUUGGACUCGGAUGACUUCCAGUCUCCAACCUUCUACGGCUCUCAUGAGAACGGAAAAGUGAAAUGCUUGAACUACCAGCUCACACACUACUACCGUGCCAACUAUUUCACACAGAAGUUCAUGUUCACUUCCAGGCUUAUGCAAAAGCUUUGGGAUCAACUGGUGAGCUCGGAGCGUGAUGCCAUGCUCACCCUGUUGACCCCCAAGAUGGAUCCUUUCAGCGCGGAAGCUUUCAACAUGACGAAGGAGAUCCGGCACAUGCUGCACAAUGCCAGCGAAACCGCAAGGAACCUUGGCUUCCCCGGCAUCACCUAUCGCAUGUUUUCUCCAACAGCAAUCAUGAUGGACAUGAUCGAAGUUACACAUGAUCGACUCUUCGUGGCCUUCCUGGGCUGUGCGAUGGUUUGCUUUAUUCUCAUUGCUAUCUCGUUUCAUGCAUGGCUAAUCCCUUUCAAGCUGCUCUUCACAGUGAUUCUGCCCAUCACAUGGACCUAUGGAGCAGCGCUGUAUGUCUACGAAGACGGCUACUUGGAAUUCCUGGGCGUCCCUGGCGUUUCUCCUACGUACAUUACGAACAGUGGACCUGCAGGCUUGGACUGGACGGUCCCCAUGUUCACUCUCACAAUAAUGCUGGGCCUGGCCCUGGACUACGACGUCUUUCUGUUCGAGCGUGUCUGGGAGUUCCGCGCGCAGGGCUUUGGCGACAACGAAUCGAUUCAGCUGGCUCUCUCGGCGACCGGGCCAACGAUCACUUCGGCAGGGCUCAUUUUUGCCUUCACCUUCACAAGCAUGAUGUUGGGCAGCAUGGCGAUCACGAACCAGAUGGGCUUCAUCUUCAUUUUCAGCAUCGUUGUGGACACCUUUGUGGUCCGCACAGUGCUGGUGCCAGCCAUGCUAUCUCUGAACCCUUGCCUGAAUUACUGGCCCUCAAAAAUGCCGGAGCCAAAGUACACUUGGCUGCACCGCUGCAGUGUGUUCAAAGGAGCAGAGCAGCGUUGGAACACCUUGCUCGCUGCCUGCCUCGGCCUAGUGUGCGGUGCUUCCAUAUGCGAUGCAGGGCCCGAAUGGGGAAGCAAUGUCUUUCUAUGGCGUCUUGGCACGACCAGUCGAGGUGUCUGGGAUCGCAUAGUGGAGUUUCUGCGCUAUGAGGGCAAGGCCGACGGCCGGCUGAAGCGUGGUGACCAGCCGGGAGAUUGGCGACUUGUCGUGCGCUUGUACUGCGCAGAUGCCGAUUCGAACGUGCAGUGGAAACAACUGAACUCGCCGCUGGACUCCGGCAUGCGAGAGUUUCGCAGGCCGCAAAUCUUUCGUGGCACGAAUGUCGCCGGGCACCCGUCCAGGACCUAG